UCAGGAGCAUCCUAAACCUGGUGUCCACUUCAAGGGUUAUAACUAAAAAGUUGGAGGAGAGAAGCAGUACUUUUAUUAUUUGAGGUUUUUCCAGGUGAAUUUCAAGUGAAUGGCACCGUCUCUGGCCAGAUCUGCUCCGAGCGAACUCAACCACUGGUGGAGCCAGCUGAAGUUUCGCCUCCAGAACAAGAAAGGAUGGAACGAGUUGUUGGACGAGACGUUCUUCUUCUACACAAAAAACAUAAAUGACAUUCCUCUCUUCUACGCGGCUAAGAACAACAGUCCUGGCUGCAUCAAGAAACUUCUCAGCUGUUCGUCCACCAACAUCUUUGAAAGAGGAACCCUCGGAGAAACAGCUCUUCAUGUCGCUGUGAUGAACGACAACUUGGACGCCGCUGUGGCUCUGAUGGACGGAGCGCCUGAACUCAUCAACGAGCCUAUGACCUCUGAGCUUUUCCAAGGUAUCACUCCUCUCCACAUUGCUGUGGUGAAUCAGAACAUCAACCUGGUUCAUCAGCUGAUUAGACGUGGAGGUGACGCCGCCACGCCUCGAGUCACCGGCCUGUAUUUCAGGAAGAGGAUAGGAGGCCUUAUGUACUGCGGUGAGCACAUUCUGUCCUUUGCUGUUAGUGCUGGGAACGAGGAGAUCAUCAACAUGUUAAUCGAUGCAGGAGCCAGCACCAGAGUCCAAGAUUAUCGAGGAAACACGUUGCUUCACAUUUUGGUUCUGCAGCCCAACAAGACCAUUUCAUGCCAGGUCAUGGACCUGAUAAUGACUCGCGAUCUGGAGCUGGACCAGCCGUUGCCCCUCGACAUGGUGCCCAACUACCGAGGCCUCACACCUUUUAAACUGGCUGCCAAAGAGGGGAACAUCGUGGCCUUCCAGCACCUGGUUAAUAAAAGGCGUGUGGUCCAGUGGAGUCUGGGACCUUUGACCUCUCACCUGUUUGACCUGACUGAGAUUGACUCCUGGGCUGACAACAUGUCAGUGCUGGAGGUUAUCGUGAGCAGCCCAAAUAAAGAGGCGAGGAGUCUUCUGGAGGUGACUCCUGUGAGGCAGCUGGUGAAUCUCAAGUGGAACCUGUAUGGAAAAUAUUAUUUCAGGUUCCUGCUGUUACUUUACCUCCUGUACAUCGGGACCUUCACCCUGUGUUGUGUGUAUCGCCCCAUAAAGGACAGGAACUUCACAGUGACAGACACCGAUAAAACCAUCAUGGUCCAGAAAACAUUCAAAGAGAGUUAUGUGACUUAUGGGGACAGUCUGCGGCUGGUGGGAGAGAUCAUAAGUGUCCUGGGAGCCAUUAUCUCCCUGGUGCUGGAGAUCCCUGAUAUACUGAGAGUAGGAGCAAAGCGCUACUUUGGUCAGACGGCCCUCGGAGGACCUUUCCACAUCAUCCUCAUCUGCCAUGCGUCCUUGGUGGUGCUGCUGUGCGUGUUCAGAAUCUGCGGGGUGCAGGCCGAGGCUGAAAUCAUGUUACUGAGUCUGGUGUUCGGCUGGUGCAAUAUCAUGUUUUUCGCUCGCGGCUUUGAACUGCUUGGGCCUUACGUCAUCACGAUACAGAAGAUUGUAUUUGGAGAUGUGAUAAAAUUCAUGUUUAUGUCUAUCAUUUUGCUCAUGGGAUUUUCCACCUCCCUUUGGAUGGUGUACAUGACCCAGGAUCCAAAGCAGAAUCCUCUGUACGACUCCUUUCCCAACACUCUCUUCUCUCAGUUUGAGAUCAGCGUGGGCAUGGUCAACCUGCCAGUGGAUCCGACCACCGAGUUAAACCCCAUUGUCAACGUUUUGCAUGUCGCCUACUCUAUGGUUCUCUACGUCCUGAUGCUCAAUCUGCUGAUUGCCAUGAUGAGCGACACACACUGGAGGGUUUUCAAGGAGAAAGAUGAGCUCUGGAGGACUCAGGUUGUGGCCACAAUUUUAAUGCUGGAGAGGAGGCUUCCCCGCUGUUUGUGGCCUCGGCUCGGAUUGUGUGGGCUUGACUUUGGCCUGAAGGAGCGUUGGUAUCUCAGGGUUGAGGACAGAAACGACUCCAUGAAGCAAAAGGUUCGCCGCUACGUCAAAGUUUUCUCCAAGGAGGACGAGAAGGAGAAAGAGGGACAGAAGCCCGACCCGUCGAAGGAAUCCCCGUUCCUUCGAUCUAAAACCAGUGAAAGCAGGAUCCAGGCGGCGCGGGCCAGCUGGAAGAUGAUCCGUCACAGCACUUUGGGUUUGGAGAUGGAGCAGUGGAGCGAGCCAGAGGAGAACCACAACAUCAAAUAUGUGUAGCAUCUGAUUCUGCCUGAUUAGUCUGACGAACCGUGUUUCCUUUCCCUUCUUGUGAACUGUGCAAUUAUCCCUGCAGUAUUAAGCUAUAGAGGAAAAAAGAGUGUUAUUUUUAUAGCAAUGUAUCAUAAGAUGUAGCAGCAACAUAUGCAGGGCUAGAGAGGUUGAACUUGUCAUGUAGCUGCUCGAGUA